AUGCAAGACAUCAGCAGAGACUGCGAUACGUCGUCUACCUCGCUCGGCCAGCGCCGAGGCAUCUCCGAUCUGGCGCGAUUCGCCCUUGACCUGACCUGGGCAACUCCUCCAAGAGCAGAGUCCGAGACUCCUGCUCGUCCCAGAGCAUAUCCCUCUCCGCCCAUGUCAGGGUCUCCUCCCCCUCCGCCCAAAGCAAACCCAGAGGCUGGUGACCGAGGGCAACUGCAUGGCAGCUAUCCGUCCACCACCAGCCCGCAAAAUGCUUACCGGGGAGGAUUGCCGCCAACGACGACGACAACGCCCCAGGCCGACCCCCGAGGGUUGCUUCCGCCGCCGCCGCCCCAGCCCCGAUCAUAUCACGCUGAGCAACAACACCACGAGAGGAUGCCUUACUCGUAUCCUCGACCCGACGAUCACCUGCGCAACACGCCGUCUGGAUACGCACACCUCGCGAGCCAGGCUCUGCAGCAGCGACCUCCGCCCUACAUGCAAAUGCCGGGUCAACCGUCGCUACCACAGCCGGCCGGAGGGCCCCAUCAACAUAACUAUGCGGCAGCUAUGUCGCAGACGUCCCAGGACAGCGCUCCUUACACGUCUCCCAAGACGCAGAGAAAAACAAAGGGCCAUGUGGCAUCGGCCUGUGUGCCAUGCAAAAGAGCCCAUCUUCGAUGUGACGCUCAACGACCGUGUUCGCGAUGCACGAGCAAUGGCAAGGAAGACGCUUGCGUCGACGUGCAACACAAGAAGCGUGGUCGGCCACGGCUGAGGGAUGACCGAGAUGCCCGUUACGGUCCCUCAACAUAUCAGCAUCCGCAGGAUACUGCAGCAACAGCAGCAGCAGCAGCAGCAGCCGCCGCCGCCGCGAGGAGGCCGCCGCCGCUGAGCCACUACUCGGCCGGCCCUCCUCAUCCCAUCUCAGGGUACGAUGACCCCAUCCGAGGCAGUCACUCCUAUCGUGUUCUAAAGUCUCAACCAAGCGAGCCCAUUGCGCCGCCGCGUUACCUCGACCGAGCCUCCAUGGCCGAUGCCAACAUGUACGCGCAGCCGCCGCCCCUCGCGGCGGGGACGCCCGAACCCGUCGUCUUCCUGACAAUGGAGCUGGAAAUGGCGCGCGCCUCCCCGGCCUUUGCCGAUGCCGUCGGGAUUCCGAGCUUGAGGGGACGGUCUCUCUUGGACGUCGUCUUGCCCUCUGAGCGCGACAAGAUCCAGAGCCACCAGCGGAGCAUGCAAGAUGAGAGGUCGAGGAAGGAUCCCGUCUAUCUGCCUCCCAUCUUUGGCAGGCAGGAGCAGGAGCGCGUCUUCGACUCUCUGCGCUUCGAGGCUGACGAGAUCUCGCGCUUCCAGCUGGAUCGCCAGGACUUCUUCGUCUUCGCCGCGAGCGACGGACAACCGCGGUCCUACUCGGUGCGGUUGGGUUUGGCGAAGCGGGAGUCCAUCUACUUCAUCGUCCUGCUCAUCAACGCAGCGCCGGCGCUCAGGUAUCCCUACCCGUCGCCGUCGCCCCACAUCAGAGAGAUGCCGUAUUCGUAUCAGCCUCAACAGCAACAGCAACAACAACAACAGCAACAACAACAGGUGUAUACACAGCACACACCCGUCUCUGCGACCUUUGAGCACGCGAGACCUCGGUUCGGCGAGAGCACACUCGCGCCGCGGCCAUCUCCUGGACAACCUCCCCACAUGACGACCCGCUUGAGCCCGGGCACCAGCCCCGGCAUGCCGUCGUAUGCCGCGUCGCCAAGCCGGCCAGACUAUGCCGCCGGUCCUUCGUCGUACCAGAUUCCUCGCAGUGAAUUACCGCCGACCACUCGGCCCCCGCAACCCUCUUUCCAGCUGCCGCCCAUCCGCGCCGGCCCCCAUCAACCGCCCCAUCCGGAGCCCUCCUGGCAAAGGGACGACCGGUCCGGCCGCGUCGAUAUCGGCGGUCUGUUAGAAAAGCCGGAUCCGCAGCAGCGGCGUCCGCAGUGA